ACAGCGCAGAUAUUCCGCCCACACAAACACGGCUAUUCCGGAAACCUGCUAAACUUUAACUCCUGCUUUCAUGGCACAUUUUUGCCUGAAUGACAGUCUGAUGUUCAUUGAUGGAUUGACGGCGUGUUGACUCUAAUCGAAACACGGCUUAUCGGUAGAGAUGGCGUUAUGGAUCCAGGCUCAGCAGUUACAGGGCGAUGCCCUACACCAGAUGCAGGCGCUCUAUGGCCAGCAUUUCCCCAUAGAAGUGCGCCAUUAUCUUGCCCAAUGGAUUGAGAACCAGCCUUGGGAUGCCAUAGAUGUGGAGAAGCAGCAGGAGGAGUUUAAGGCAAAGCGUUUAUUGGACAGUCUGAUCCAGGAGCUGCAGAGGAGGGCGGAGAGUCAGACAGGGGAGGAUGGCUUCCUGCUUAAAAUCAAACUGGGGCAUCAUGCCACACAGCUAAAGAGCACGUAUGAGGCGUGUCCUAUGGAGCUGGUGCGAAGUAUCAAACACAUCCUCUACACAGAACAGAGACUUGUCCAGGAGGCUUCUAACGUGAGCUCUACAGGGGGUGGUGCUACAGAUACUACGUCUCAGAAAUACCAGCAAAUCAACCAAAUGUUUGAGGAGCUGCGCGCCCUGAAGCAGGAGACGGAGAAUGACCUGCGUAAAGUCCUGCACAGUCAGGAGUACUUCAUCAUCCAGUACCAGGAGAGCCUGAGGGUCCAGGCUCAGUUGAGUAGUUUAGCGAGUUUGCCACCGACCGAGCGCGCACAGAGAGAGACGAGUCUACAGAGCAGGAAAGCUACAUUAGAGACCUGGAUAACCAGAGAGGCUACCACGCUGCAGAAAUACAGACAGGAAUUGGCAGAGAAGCACCAAAGGACACUGGCAUUGUUGAGGAAACAACAGGCGGUGAUCGUGGACGAUGAACUGAUCCAGUGGAAGAGGCGACAACAGCUAGCUGGCAAUGGAGGACCUCCAGAAGGAAGUCUAGACAUCCUGCAGUCCUGGUGUGAGAAGUUGGCCGACAUGGUUUGGCAGAACAGACAGCAGCUCCGGCGUGUUGAUCACUUAACACAACAGCUCCCUAUCCCUGGCCCUACAGAGGAACUGCUCAAAGAACAUAACGCUACCAUCACCGACAUCAUCUCAGCACUCGUCACCAGCACGUUCAUAAUAGAGAAACAGCCUCCGCAGGUGUUGAAGACCCAGACCAAGUUUGCCACGACGGUACGCCUGCUGGUUGGGGGAAAACUCAAUGUCCACAUGAACCCCCCACAGGUGAAGGCCACAAUCAUCAAUGAACAGCAGGCCAAAGCUCUGCUGAAGAACGAAAGCACCAGGAAUGACAGUAGUGGAGAAAUCUUGAACAACAACUGUGUCAUGGAGUAUCACCAAACCACAGGCACUCUGAGUGCACACUUCAGGAACAUGUCUCUGAAGCGCAUAAAACGUGCAGACCGACGCGGCGCAGAGUCGGUGACGGAAGAGAAGUUCUCUGUCCUCUUCGAGUCGCAGUUCAGUGUGGGCGGAAACGAGCUCAUGUUUCACGUCAAGACUUUAUCGCUGCCUGUCGUGGUAAUCGUGCAUGGUAGUCAAGACAACAACGCCACGGCAACCGUCCUGUGGGACAAUGCCUUCUCUGAGCCGGGUCGCGUCCCCUUCGUGGUGCCUGACAAGGUGUCAUGGCCGCAGUUGUGUGAGGCACUGAACAUGAAAUAUAAAUCAGAGGUGCAGAGCGAGCGGGGUUUAUCGGAGGAUAACUUGGUGUUCCUGGCCCAGAAAGCCUUCAGCAGUUCGAGCAACAACCCUGAGGAUUAUCGCAACAUGACCAUGACCUGGUCCCAGUUUAACCGGGAGAGUUUACCAGGAAGGAACUUCACCUUCUGGCAGUGGUUUGAUGGAGUCAUCGAGCUGAUGAAGAAACACCUGAAGGCUCACUGGAACGAUGGGGCCAUCCUGGGUUUCCUGAAUAAACAGCAGGCUCAGGACAUGCUGCUGUCCAAACCGAACGGCACGUUCCUGCUGCGCUUCAGUGACUCAGAGAUCGGAGGGAUCACCAUCGCCUGGGUAGCGGAAAACCCCAACAAAGCAGGAGAGAGGAUGGUAUGGAACCUGAUGCCUUUCACGACAAAAGAUUUCUCCAUUCGUUCCCUGGCUGACCGCAUCAGUGACCUGAACCACCUCCUGUUCCUUUACCCCAACCAGCCCAAAGACGAGGUGUUCUCCCGCUACUGUACUCCGCCCAACGCUAAAGCGGUGGGCGAUGGCUAUGUCAAACCAGAGAUCAAACAGGUGGUCAAAGUCGAGUUCGCCUCAUCCAAUACCGAGCAGUCACUUGGAAACCCCACCUUCAUGGACUCUUCCCCAACCAUCACUCAGCCAGGCAGUUUCACAGUCUACCCUUCCAUCAGUGACCCAAUCUUGGAUGAAAGCGGAGACUUUGAUCUGGACGAAACGAUGGACAUGGCCAGACAGGUGGAGGAAUUCCUCAGUCAGCCUUCAGAGGCGCAGUGGAGUGGACAGCAGUCGUGACCUUUAAACUACACAGAGUGACCCUUGGGGUUGCAUACCAUAUUUUUCCGUCAGUGUUUUUGUUGUUGUCAUUCUUUUUUUUUCUUUUUUUUUUUUUUUUAAACAAAUGUGAACAUGCUCAAUAGCUUGCCAACGACUUUGUGAUGUUAUCUGUGAUGCUGCUUCUUUGCAUGAUGACAAUGCGUGCGUAACAUAUCUGUUUUGCUAGCCAACGUUUUGGAAAUGUAGGACAACAUUUUAUAUUAAAUAACAUGAAAAGUGACAGAGAAUGAAAAAAUAACCAGCCCUGUAAGCUAAUGCUAAACAUUUUAGAGCUAGUCUAGGUUAUCGGUUAUUCAAAGCUAACAGAAAAUUUUACUCAGUUGUGAAACUUGUUUUAUCGAGUUUUAAAGAAUGAAAUAAUCAGCUGAGGAAUAUAUUGGACCGCAGGAACACGACCUCAAGUGCGGUUCUGAGGUGAUUUUUGACAGAAACCUAGCGAUCACUAAAUAUCUAAUAUUUGCAAGAAAUGACACGUGUCCAAAAAAAAGCUAUAUAUAAAAGAAAGAUAUCUAUAUAAAAAUAAUAUCAUUUUUAUUAAUUAUAUAAGAUCAUAGCUCCAUCAUCAUCUUAGUUUGUUUCAGCUUUGUAGUCAACUUUUACCUAAAUAUCACACGGAUCAUAUUAUUCAGCUUAUGUGACAAAUGUUCGUGUAAGAGUGUUUGUACAUCGUUGUGUGUUCCAGAAAUGACUGAGUGUCUGGAUUACUCUAAAAUAUGUGAUUUAGUCGUACUUGAAGGUUCGGUGGCCAUAAAACGGUCGAUAUGUUCAGAGCCGGGUUCGGUGUGUACGUCUGAGCUCCCUGCUCAGACGAUUGAAAUCUCCUGCGUGUAGUCCAGGUCUUUUAUUAAGUAGAAGAGUCUAGAGCAACAAACAAGCACUUGCCUUUAAACUCAUUGUAAAAUCAGGGACAGAAGAAAGCAAUAGUGUUAUUCUUUGCUGCCGAAUGUAACAUGAUAGAAUAAGAGGAUUUAAAAACACUAAUCUAAUAUAUCGAUGAAAACCGUUCUAAAUAAAUCCGUCAAAUACGAGACGAGUUUAUUGCCAGAACGAUUGUUUUUAAUUAAUCAUAUUAAUCACUGAACUUAAUGGCUUCUGCACUCAGUAUUCAGCAGCACAGAGAACAGAACUUGAUCUAGCGCAAACUGUUAACAUUUUGGGUUAUUUUUUAACAUAAAUUACUGGGGUAAGAAAUCUGCAAAAUUGUUAUAAUAAAGUGAAGUAGUCAUAACAGUUAGAAUAUAAAAAAAAAACCCUAAGAAACCCAAAAAAUCCUAUUUCAUUUCAAGUUCACUUUGGCAUGAAAUGUAUUUUAAUGCUUUAACAACUAUUUUUAGCAGGAUCUAGAUUAAACUCAGAUUAGCUGAGACCAUCUGAGAAAUGUAGAGCUUAUCUCUGGCUGCAGAGUCAGGGCGCUAACAUUCACUCAAAUGACACUGGACCAAUAAUUAGCAUGAUUAGCAUUAGUCUUACUGUGGGCUGUCUCUCUCUUUCUGUGCCUUAUUUUAGACGCAAUGCCUGGUAGACCGAAAGCCUUUCAGAAUUUUUCUCCCUUCGGACCUGAGAAUACAGGACGUUUUACCCGAACGAUUCCUUAAGCCAGCUACUGUUUAAAAAACAACACAUUUUUAUCGAAAUCCUUACUACCUCUGAUCAGAAAGCACCUGAACUCAAGUUUCUUGUCAUAUACAGAUUUUUUUUAAACAUAUUAAUUCUGCUAUACAUACAUAUUUUGUUCCCAAUGAUACUUUCUUUUUACCCCAACAACAUCCUGCUCUAUGUCGCUAAAAGCAAAUCUAUAAAUUUCUUUAGUGCCCAUGUGAUUUUCUUGAAAUGUUUCCUCACAGGUGUGUAAACAAUCCGGCAAACUGUCACUCUUAAUUCUUUUUUAUUUUAUUUUUUUUUGUGUUUGGUGUCAUAAACAAAAGCCAUAUAAUGCUGGAGUGACCUGUACUCUGAACUUCUUUUGAAUCAAUUUUUGUUUUUCUUGAAUUUAUCAAUCAUACCAUUUUGGUUAAUUGCUUAAUAUAUUUUUUAAUACACAAUAGUGUGCUAGUAAAUGCCACAAUCUCUACUUUAUCUUCAUUUAUUUUUGUUUAUUUGUUUUGUUUUUAUAUAACUAAUUAUUCAUUUAUGUGGAAAAAGUGUCUUCUUUUUAAAAUGUCAAUUGUUACUCUGGCCCUAUGGAUUAAGCAAUUGCAGCCUUGUGGCAAAUCUGAAAACUAUUUUAAAUUUACAUUUUUUUUAUUAUUUUUAUUUCUUUGUUGACAUUUCUGCCAUAGUAAACACCAUCACAAACUCUAGCUCAUAAUUUUAUAGUUUUAAUAUUUUUUUCAAUAGAUAUAUCCCUCUGGAUUAGGUGACUUAUUUUAAAGGUGUAUUACAAAACCAUGCCUUUAUUUUUUUCUUAUUGUUUCUCCUCAUGUUGGGAAGAAACUUGACUCGUUGCCCAAAAAACUUGUACCUGUUUUAAAAGUCUCUAUUAUUUCUUUUGCUUCAUUAAUCUCAGUUUAGGAACUCAGGAAAACACGUUGCUCAUAGAGAAAAUAUUUACAAAAUAAUGAUAUACGUAUGAAAGUUAUCUAUGAGGAAAAAAAUAACUUUUAAAUAUUUUGUUUAUUACCUGAUGUUUGGCACUAGAAUGUCAUCUGCAGUAGGCAUGUGCAGAUCUCACAUGUUUGUGUCCCGAUAUGUGGUGAUGUAUUGAGUGUUUUUAUCAGCAUCUUUUCUUAUUGGUCAGCAUUUUAUGUCAAUGUUAAUUGCUCAGGGUUUGGCUUUGUCGUAAAUGUUCUGUGAUUUAGAAUCUGGUUUACUCCACAAUCGCUCGCUAGCUUCAUAGCACAGAUUAACCGAACGGUAGCAACGAUAAUCUACAGUAAAAGUAUUAUGGAUGCCAAAUAUUGCAAUUUAACAUCUAAGUUAUGAAUGUUGAUUCAACAUUUUUCUUAGUAGUCUUAUCUUUGUUUUAGUGGUUCAAUCAGCUGUGACUCCUUGAGUUGGUUGGAUUUGAAUCCUGGAUUUGGUUGACUGACAUGUAUAGUUGUGUGGCUCAGUAAAUUGGUAGCUGUGAUUCAUUGACAAGUUGAGUCAGUUGGUUUAUUUGUUUUUCAUUUAUUUAUUAAUGAAUUCUUAGUCUCGUUGCUGCAGCCCGGGUUUGAUUCCCUGGGAGCUAAACCAGACACUGAAGAGCAAACUCUCAGUGCCGGUCCAAGCCUGGAUAAAAUGGGAGGAUUGUGUCAGGAAGGUCAUCCAUUGUUAAACCUGUACCAAAUCCAAUAUCCAGGAUUUGUGGAUUUUCUGUUGAAAGAAUAACAACAUUCAAGAAUUUUCAGUGACUGUGGGGAAUAAUUUAUCCUUUAGGCAGAAGCAUUUGCAUUUGUGAAACAUUUACAUGUGACUCAUUAAAUUGAUCAGCUGUGGCUCACUGUAUCAGUCAACAGUUAGUAUAUUGUAUAGUAGUAUAUUGAAUUGGUCAGUGGUAGCUCAUUGAGUUAAGAAAGGUAACAUGUUUAAUUGAACCGGUGUCCCUCACUGAACCAGUCGACAGUAACUCAACGAUUCUUUGCUAUGUGACUCUUAAAAUUUAUGAAGAUAACUUAUUGAAUUGACUAGCCCUAGCUCAUUGAAUCACUCAUCUGUGACACAAUGAAUCACCAUCCUUGGCUAAUUGAAUCAGUCUGCUGUGGCUGAAUCAGUCUGAAUAACUGAGUAUUGACACAUGCCUUGUGGAGUCCGUGUAGCUUCUAAGUAGUGUCUGUGUGGAUAAUCUCUUAUGUAGUGUGAUGUUUAAGAGUGGAUGUACCUACUUCAGUAUUCCUUCCAAACCUUUGCUGACAUGUUGUACGGCUCCCAUGUCCCAGAUCCUAAUGUCUUCAAUCACACACUUGUUGCGCUUUACUCUGCUUUUCUUGUUUUUUGUUUAAUGUGUGCAUUUGGUGUCACUUGGGAGUUGAGAGAUGAUUAUAAAGUUUUAUAAAUAUUUUA